AUGUCUCAAAAACUGUCAUCCUUCAUCAUUUCCAAGAAAUUUCUCUUCGUUACCAUUGGUGUGAUACUUUUAAUCUAUUUUGUAUCGUGGAUGAAUUUGAGAGCAAACAAAGCGUCUUCUUCUUCUACACAUGGAACACUUGAAAUAAUUUCCGAGAAUGAACUCUCGGAAUCAUCCACAACAACACCCCAACCACCGCCAUCAUCCAACAAGCCUCUUCUUCACAAUGAUGAUACCAAUGAUUCAUCAAAUUACCAAACUCCUAAAUUCAUCUAUGAAGAAAAUUUGAAAGGCUCCUCCAUUGAAUCUUUUAUUUCCGAAUCAGCCUCAUCAUCACCCGUUUCAUUCAUUUAUAUUUAUGCGCCGUGGUGUGGUCAUUGUAAAGCCUUUGCUCCAACGUUCACAUUAUUGGUUGAGAAGAUUAAAGAAAAAUUUAAAGGAAGAGUCAAAGUAGGGAGAGUGAAUGGACCCGAUAAUUAUGAAAGUGCCAUUGUCAAGUUGGGUGUGAGAGGAUAUCCUACUUUAGCCUUUUUUAGAAAUGGUGAGAUGAAUACGAAAUUGUUUUAUGAAGGGAGUCGAAAUGUGGAGGAUAUUAUUAAAUUUAUUGAAGAAAAGAUGUUGAAGUGA